AUGCCAGAAAACAGUUUGAAAGUUGUCAUCGUAGGUGGUGGGCCUGUUGGCAUCAUCACCGCGCACGCGCUCCAUCACGCGGGCAUUGACUUCGUCGUUCUUGAGAGCCGUGCCGAUAUCUUUGAGGACACUGGUGCUAGCCUCGCCGUCACCCCGCAGAAUCUCCGCGUCUUCCACCAACUAGGCCUUCUCAAAACUCUUCUCGCCCUGGGCUCCCCAUUGAAUCAUCAUUCCGAGGGGUUUAGUUCGAAAAGACCCAAGUUCAGCAGGUCCAAUGCCUUGAGUCUCCUCCAAGAAAAUCAUGGGUCUGCGACCUUGAUAUUCCAUCGCUCGCAACUUAUCAAAGCCCUCUAUGAUGGAUUACCCGAACACGCCAAGAAUCGCUUUCUUUCUGACAAAAAGGUCUCCAAUAUCAGCUUAACCUCAACCGGCCUGGAGGUGAGUUGUGCUGACGGGAGCUUUUACCCCGGCUCCAUCGUCAUUGGUUCAGAUGGUGCUCAUUCCAAAACUCGCUCCAUUAUGCGCCAUUUAGCUCUUGAAGCCGAUCCAUCUUUGGCUUCAACCUGGGACCCUGAGCAACCUUUCACGGCGACCUACCGAUGCCUUUGGGGGUCGUUUGAGAAGGCUUCUGACCCAGGUGACAGCUAUGAGACUCAGGGUCAAGACCGCAGUACCGUCUAUCUUACAGGCGUCGACAAAGGCUGGAUCUUCCUAUACGAGAAACUCCCCCGGCGCUCGAAGGCGAGGGUCACUUAUAGUGAGAAGGAGAUUCAGUCAUUCAAAUCAAGCUUUGCGCAUUGGCCCCUGAACCAGAAACUCAAAGUCCGAGAUGUCCUCGAGACCUGCCCAAACCUGGUCGGUAUGGCCAAUCUAGAAGAGGGCAUAGCCAAAAACAUCAGUUGGAACGGGUCAAUCGUGCUGGUCGGCGACGCAUGGCACAAGUUCACACCCAAUUCCGGGCUAGGCUUCAACAAUGGGGUUCAGGAUGUAGUCUCGUUAUGUAAUAGGCUUCACGCUCUGUCGGCAUCUUCUCAGUUAUUCACGUCAGAUGGAAUUCUGAAUACGAAGGCCCUGCAAAAUGCUUUUGAUGGGUACCAUUUGGAAAGAAUAAAACCGUUACAAGCCGAUUACGCACGCUCGGCUCGGGCCACCCGCUUGUCGGCAUGGGAAACCUCUAAUCAUUAUAUUCUAGCGAGGUACAUCCUUCCACUCGAGCGUUUACAGAAGUUCCUCAUCAAUCGGCACAUCUCUCCUGGUAUCGCAUCCGGUCUUGUUCUGGAUUACAUCCCAGCCAACGAGGCGUUGUUGGGCAAAGUUCACUGGGCUAAUCCACUUAGAAGCAAACGAGACCAAGGCAAACAAUCCCAAUAG